AACACAAAGCAGCAACAAUGGACCUUUGGCUUGUCUUGUCCUUCUCCUCAGCCAUUAUUUUCCUCAGAAUGCACAGAGGUGACUGUGCAGAUAUCAUCGGAGGGGAAAAGUCAGUUCCACAUUCCCGACCCUUUAUGGCAGCCUUAAUGCGUGAAAAUGUUUUUGAAUGUGGAGGAACUUUGAUCAGGGCAGAUUGGGUGCUCACAGCAGCUCAUUGCAGGAUAAAGAGAAGUGACAAAGUUAUUCUUGGUGCUCAUUCACUAACUAAAUUUGAGAAAGAAAAACAGGAGUUUCAAGUUACUAAAAGAUUCCGUCACCAGAUGUUUAACAGAGAAACUUAUGAAAAUGACAUUAUGCUUUUGAAGCUUAAUAAAGAAGCAAAUAUUACUGAAGCUGUAAAACCCAUUAUGCUUCCCACAACGUGUGAGGAUGUCGUGGCACAAACACAGUGCCUGGUGGUUGGAUGGGGAUUCACAAAAAAUGGUGGGAGUGUAUCUGAUAUUCUGCGUGAAGUUAAUGUCAGUGUCGUGGAGAGACGCAUUUGCAAUAACAAGAAGCACUAUGAUGGCAGAUAUGUGACCUUCAACAUGCUGUGUGCUGGAGGUGUCAAGGAUACAUGUAAUGGUGACUCUGGUGGCCCUUUGAUAUGUGGGAGAAUACAAAGAGGCAUCACUUCUUUUGGUGAAUCAGAGAAAUGUGGUUCUCGCAAAUACCCAGGUGUCUAUACUCGUCUCACAAAGAAAUAUCUCCGCUGGAUUAAGAAAACUGUGAGAGGUUAACCUAGGCAGAUCGUUAGAUUUUAUGCUUUGCUCUCUUGAUGCCUGUAGAUAUAAUGCCUUUGAUCUGAUUUUCUGCUAAAACAUAUGCUAUGUGACUCAAUGACCAUGUAGGGCGUAAUCUAGAAAAAGCUAUAGUCACUAUAUUCAAUUGCAUCUGCCCUUUUUUGAUAGGCCAAGGGGUAAAUUUGGGUUGAAAGGUGAAAUGCUUUAAAUAAAUGCAUAAAUAAACUCUC